CCGCCGCCGCCGCCCCGGGUCCAAGUGCGUGACUGCUGCCUCUCACCAUCUCGGCCCAUGCACAGUCUCGAUUGGGCAGCAUAGAGCACAGGACGUGUCUGCAGUCGGCCGCUGCUGAGCUCAGGCGACCCGCUCGAGGAAGUGUCGACAAGGACUCGCUAAUCGUCAAUUGAGCGGUCUACACGACGAGAUGCAGUACAUUGGGCGGGCCUUCAGUACAGCAGCGCAGUACUACAAGGAGAUCAAUCCCGCAACGCUUUCGGGUGCAAUCGACAUUGUCGUCGUACAGCGGCCAGCCGAGAAGGCUGCUCUCCUCCAGCCGGGAGCGUCCGGCUCGUCGAGUGUAUCCGGACCAAGCUCGAGCACUCGGCACGCAGCGGAUGAUGGCUACGAGCUCGCGUGUUCACCCUUUCACGUUCGAUUUGGCAAGCUGAGCGUGCUCAGACCCGUCGACAGAAAGGUCCGCGUCAUCGUCAAUGACGAAGAGGUGCCCUUCUUCAUGAAAGUCGGCGACCAAGGCGAAGCUUUCUUCGUCUUCGAGACUGACGCAGACGUACCCGAAGAUCUACAAACCUCGCCCCUGACCGGCCCGGUCACUGACGAUCAGAUCCUCGCACAGCAACACGAGCCAGAGAGUGACUAUGAGCGUUACAUGCGGCAGUCGAGCGAACCUCUCGAUACGAGCAUGACGCCGACUCGGACGACCGGCAGGAGGACAGAUCAAACGCUACCUACCACUGUAGAGGGUGAUGUCGACUUUCUAGAUCUCAACGAGUCAGCUUCGCCCGACAGGACGCGCGCCCAAUCUGAACCUCCUCUCGAGCUUGCCGAGCCGGCUCCUGCUGCUCUGGGCAGUGAGCCAUCCCAGAGCAACCGCAAGGUCACUGCUUUCGCGGAAGAUCAGCCUUUCCACAGCGAAGAGAAACAGGCUGCUGCAGAGGCAGAUGAACCCAAGGCUGAUAAUGAUCAAAGUCGACUGAGCAAAUUGGCAGAGGGCCCUUCUACCCUGCUCAGCAACACGGCUGCCAAAGCUUCAGAGUUAGGCAAAGCCAUGCUCUCGACUGCAGGCGAGUCCAAGAAGCUAGACACUCUCGUCAAGGACAGACUGCGGCACGCCCCCUCUAGCUCGCGUGGCAACUCUGGUACCGCGACGCCCGACAGCCACGACAAGCUCGCCUCAGACGACCCGUCAUGGGAGCCAGGGAUAUCAGAACUCGAGAAAGAAAUGAAGAAUGACCUGACCGGUCAUACGAACGCCACUUCUGCAGAUCGCUCUGGCGAUCAAGUCCGACAGGCAGAUCGUCAAGGCAAUGCUGAUUCCGCCGAAAGAGAUUACCAUCAGCCUCCGAAUGACCAGCAAAGAUCUAUGAGCGUCGAAAGCUCUGAAUCUGAAAUUGCCAGCAAGUUGGAACGAUCCCAUAUCUCAACAGGCCCGCAUGAAGCCGAAACAGAUAUGCAAGCUGGUCCGGGACCUGAAGUGGGCGUAGCACCCACUAUGGCUGCUUCUGGUAGUCUCAUGCUCGACAUGUCUGGUUACAAAGUAGGCGACAAGGAUAUCGAAAAGGUCAGAGAGACCGAAAACGAUCUGCUGAGCGAUCAGAUGGGAUUCCACGAAUCGAAAGCUUUCCAGACCGAAGCACGAGAUCAUCUCAUGUCUUUCACUCGAUCUCUCUUGCGCUCUGCAGAUAUGAUGAAGAUGACCGACGGAGGUGCGAAUUACAAGCCCCAAGUCGAAGAGGCCGGCAAAAGCUCAGAAACGCUUCUACCGGGUGACAACCUUGAUCUCGAGAGGGGCAGAUCACCACCAGCGACGCCACGCUCCAUAGAGUCUGCAGACGGAACGAGCAGCCCCCGUGCGACAUCGCCAGACGGCGGCACGGAUGCGCUCACGCCAAUCUAUUCACCAACUUCCUAUCAGUUUGCGCUUCGAGCAGAUGAGACCGUGCACGUCUUUGAGCUGGCUCUAUGCGGCGGUGACACGUUCGGCAAUGAUGCAACACUUGACGACAGGACAUUUGCUGAGCACCGCGUCACCUUCGAACAAUUUCUAGAGCAGCCGGAGCUAACCAGUCAUCGAGCCCUCGUCAUCAAAUAUGACGGCGUCUACUUGACUUGGGAAGAUGCGUCCCCCGUUCUGGCAUCGCUUACGAUCUACCGUAAAUCGCUCGGAGAGCAUGCCAAGACGACGCUAGCUGAGCGCCGUGCGAGAGAGACGGACGGACGAAGAGACAGCACAUCUCGAGCACCUCGCGCUUGGCGGCGCUGGUGGAAGGGCAGUAGAGCAGAUGAUGAUGCCCUAUCACCUCCUACCUCCCCGCCUGCUCGUCCUGUAUCGCCCGGUUCUGUCCCCUCCCGUGGCGAAAGCCCAGGCUACCAGACAGAAGCGACUUCCUUGCCCGAGACAGCUUCUGACAAGACUGGAGAAGUUCCUGUGCUUGAUCGGAAGAAACACUAUGCCAAGACACUGCGGUUGACUUCUGAUCAGCUCAAGCAACUGAAAUUGCGCAAGGGUGUCAACACUGUAUCAUUCUCUGUCCAAUCAUCUUAUUCUGGGCUUGCGGUUUGUUCGGCGCGCAUCUUCCUCUGGGAACACGACUUCCAAGUCUGCAUAUCUGACAUUGAUGGCACUAUCACAAAGUCCGACGCCUUGGGUCACGUAUUCACCAUGAUCGGACGGGACUGGACGCAUCUUGGGGUGGCAAAGCUGUACACUGACAUUGCUCGCAAUGGCUAUAAGCUGCUCUACUUGACCUCGCGCGCAAUUGGUCAGGCCAACACGACACGCGACUAUCUCAAGGGUAUCCAGCAGAAUGGCUUCCAAUUGCCGGAAGGGCCUGUCAUCAUGAGUCCUGACCGUCUGAUGACAUCGUUGCACCGCGAAGUCAUCAUACGCAAACCCGAGGUCUUUAAGAUGGCUUGCUUGCGCGAUAUCCAGCGUCUCUUUGGGGAACGCACACCGUUCUAUGCUGGUUUCGGCAAUCGUAUCACAGACGCUUUGUCCUAUCGAAGCGUCGACGUUCCCUCGUCCCGCAUCUUCACUAUUGAUCCAAAUGGCGACGUCAAGAUGGAGUUAUUGGCCCUCGCAGGCUAUAAGUCAUCGUAUAUCGCCAUGACCGACCUGGUAGAUCAGAUGUUCCCUCCUAUCAAUCGCAAAGCCGCGCCGGAGUUUACAGACUUCAACUUCUGGCGUCCGCCCAUGGCCCAAAUUGCCUUGCCUGAUUUCAGCCCACCCUCACCGGCGUUAUCGGCGCGGUCUGACUCGAGUCGACUGAGCUUUGCUCGUCUCGGCUCGCUCAGCUUGCGCAAGUCGUCCAUUAGUUCGCCCACGCAAGGUGGCGAUGGCAAACGCGUCAGGCCGUCCAGUCCGCUCAUGCAGCCCGUUCUGUACGAUGACCCAGAGGAGAUGGAACCUCAUUUCGGUACGCCUGCGCGCAACCACAGACGCGCAGACUCUAUGCCCGGCAGCUUCGAGGAGCUCGAAGGUGGCUUCGAUUAUCAUCGCGCUCAGCAAGGCCGACGCGCUGUCUCGAGCGACGAUACUAGCGCUGAUGCACACUCUGGCGAUGAAGCCGAGACCGAGCAGGAUCUCGAGGCCGGACCAGAUGAGGAGGACGACUUUCUCACGUCAGGUGACGUAAGGCUAGCGUUCAGCAUGGUUCCAUCGCGCUGACAU